UGGCAGGGUUGGUGAACAUUACAGUAGGCUCUGUUUUAAGCGAUGCGUUUUGACGUUGUGCUUAACGUCACAAUAUUCUACUCACUGUCAAAUCGGUUGUGACAUUCGAAGGUGUUUCGCACCUGCGUCCCAGAUAGGUCUGUUCAUGAGCAUAUUAUCAUAGGUCACCAUCCAGACUAAGAAUGGGCGACGUUCCACAAAUGGUUAAAAUCGGGAUUUCAAUGAAAAUGCAACCUAAUAAUAGUGCAGUUUUUUUCAAAUCAGACGGCGCGAGGUUUGGGCAAACCAGGACGAUAAAACUAUUAACGGGAUCAAAAUACAAGAUUGAAGUGGUUGUCAAGCCCGGAGCGGCAACUGCGUCUACCAUGAGUGUGGGCGGGAUAACCUUUCCCCUGGAGCAACAGUCUAAAGACCCACAAACAGUGGUGUACAGUGGGAUGUACGACACUGAGGGAGUUACACACACAAAGAGUGGAGAGAGACAACCAGUCCAAAUCAACAUGCAGUUCACAGACAUAGGCCUUUUUGAGACCGUAUGGCAAGUCAAGUAUUAUAACUAUAACAAGAGAGACCACUGCCAAUGGGGCAACAGCUUCAACUGCAUCGAGUAUGAGUGCAAGCCCAAUGAGACACGCACCCUCAUGUGGGUCAACAAGGAACUGUUUGUGUAAUUGACAAAGGGUUAGAGGUCAAAGAUGUUCAGGUUCAGAGAAAACUAACAAACAAGGUCACGUAACUUUUUUGUUGUUGUCAGCAGGGAAUCUAUUAAAAGCUCUGCUUCUAAUGAGUCAAGACAAUCACACCUCUCUAGUUAGACGUAGCCUAUGUUGUGGCAUCUGUUAACCCGCAGGUAAAUGUGUGUGUGUAUGUGUGAGUGAGUGAGUGAAAGAAAAAAAGUGAGUGAGUAUGAAAGAGUAAAUAUGUUUUCCAUGUGUUGAGUACAUUUUCCAGAUUGUUUUGUAACUGUCAUGUGUAUAACUGUGUAGCCAUAUAAUUGUGGUGUGCAAUACCUCUUGAAAGUAAUCAUUGUAAGAAAUACUUAUCAGUGAAAAAUACUGUACAAAAUCCUUGGACCAAUUAUGUUCAUGUAUCAUGUUUAAAAAGUGAGCUGUUUUUGUUACCUCUCAUAUUAGUCUUUUGAUAUGUUCAGUAACAAAUUAUGCAAUGAAUUAUGCACACAAAUUCUGUAUUUUUGUAAAAAAUGAUUUUAAUUUUGUUGUUAAACUUUUGUAAAAAGAUAUUUUGAGAAACAGACAUUUUAGAUAUGCAAAGAAGAAUGAUACAAAUAAAGGAAUGCUGCAAAAUGGAAUAUUGCUAAAUAACAAGUACACAGACCAAAUCUGUGAUGUUGUUUGUCAUAUAUUGUAAGGUUUUAUAUGAUAUAAGUGUUAACUUUUUUGGUG